AUGCCGGCGUACGGAGCCCCUGCGCAAGCCGGGCAACCGGUCCCGCAGCUCCAAACUCCUCCACCGCCUGCUGUUCAGCUGCCUGGGUUUUCCCCGCCAGUGUUGAACCAACCUCAACUGCAGGCUCAAAGUUUCUCGAAUGCUCAGCAGCCUGGAGGCUGUGGAGCCUUGGUGCCAGGUGGUGGCCUGCCCAGCCCCGAGGUGAUUCAGAAGCAGAAAGAAGGUUACAUCAGGCUUUUGGACGAGCAGUUGAAGCAAGGGCAGAACACCCUGGAGCAGCAGCGGCGGCAGCAGUCUGAAUACCUCCGCACUCAGGCGCAGCAGCAAAAGCAGCAGGUUGACAUGCAGAUCAAGCAGCAGGUGCAGCAGCAGGAAAUGCAACUUUUGCAGCAGUACAACCAGUCUUUGAUGCAGGUGCAACAGGCUUCUGCGCAGCAGAAAGCUGCGCUGGAGACGCAGGCCAUGCAGCUUGUGAUGGAGUACCAACAGAAAAGGUCGCAAGAAGAAAUGCUUGCCAAGCAGCAGCAACUACAGCGCGAGCAUAUUGAGGCUCAGAUGAAGUUUGCAGCGGAGAUGCAGAAGCUGCAGUCCUCUCCUGGAGCGCCCCCUGGUGGCAGCCCAGUCUCCGGCCAGUACGGUUCCGGACAGUUCUGA